GGAACAGUCGACUGCGAUCACCUGCUAAUAAACGAUAGAAGGAAAAGAUGGGACGCAUUUGGAUCAGCCUUUUGCUUACUAUUUUACACAUUGGACAUACAUUUUCAUCAGAAAGCCUCAAUCUGACGAGAAUCUUGGCCUCGGUGGUCGACGCCAAGCCAACCCUUUCGCCACCCACGACGACCGGCACUAGCAGGAGUCGCGCGCCCAGAGAAAAGCCAAUUACGCUCAGCGAUAUUUUGCCAGACGACCCCUCGCUUUACGAUAAAAUGGCACCACCCAAAGUUGAAGAUCGGCCAACAAUAGUCAGAUUCCACGUCACUGUGAUGAGUUUAGACUCCAUAGACGAAAGCUCAAUGACGUUCGUGGCCGACGUGUUUUUCGCGCAGAGCUGGGAGGACUAUCGGCUGCAGCUGCCGGAGAACAUGACCGGCGGCUACCGCCUGCUGCCCGUCAGUUGGCUCAACGAGGUCUGGCGACCGGACUCGUUUUUCAAAAACGCCAAAAAGGUCACUUUCCAAGAGAUGACCAUUCCCAACCACUACGUCUGGAUCUACAACGACAGCACCAUCCUCUACAUGGUCAAGCUGAAUUUGCUGCUUUCGUGUGCUAUGAAUUUCAAAACGUAUCCGCACGACACGCAGAGUUGCGCUUUAAAAAUAGAAAGCUUAUCGCACACAACGGACGACUUAGUGUUUCUGUGGGACUCGCAAAUCCCGUUGGUGGUCGACAGAAUCGAGCUGCCGCAACUCGACCUGGUGAAAAACGAAACCGGUGAUUGCACCCAGGUCUAUUCAACGGGCAACUUCACGUGUCUCGAGGUGAUUUUUACGCUGAAACGGCGCCUGGGUUACUACCUGUUCCACACUUACAUCCCCACUUGUCUGAUUGUGAUAAUGUCCUGGAUCUCGUUCUGGAUCAAACCGGAAGCGGUUCCUGCCAGGGUCACCCUCGGAGUGACCUCACUCCUCACCCUCUCCACGCAACACGCAAACUCACAAAAGUCUCUUCCGCCCGUUUCAUAUAUAAAGGCGAUUGACGUCUUCAUGUCGACGUGCACCAUCUUCGUGUUUUUCUCGCUGAUGGAGUACGCGUUGAUCAACGUGAUCCUCGGUGACUUUGUCGACUCGGACCAGUCGAUGCUCAAACGUAGCUUCCGCUCCAUGACCAAACGCUUCAGCACCAGGUUGCGCAGGUCUAAAAACAAGACGAGAAAGGGCAGCAACGUCAGCAGAAUGUCCGACGGUGGACAGUCGGCCUCGGAACUAGAGGACGCGGAGGCUGUGGUGGCCGCGACGGCGGCCGCCAACUCGGCCAAGUACCGCCUCCGGACGGACCACCAGACGUGCAGACGCCGCGCCAUCCUCGUCGACCAAGUGUCCAGAAUCCUCUUUCCCUUUUUGUUCAGCGUUUUCAACGCCGCUUAUUGGAUCAUCUACAUUUUCAUUUAUGUAGACGAGCCUCUGCAGUUUUGA